AUGUUUCAACAGUUUACCAACAAACCAGACAGUGUCCCAAACUUUGGCGGUAUACCUGAUAGUGUCUCACUGUUGAUCAGCAUUCCAGAUUGUGUCCAAUGGAUAUCAGACAGUUUCCAACAGUUUGACAGCACAACAGACAGUGUCCAAAAGUUUGGCAUCAUACCAGACAGUGUUUCAAAGUUGGUCAGCAUACCAGACAGUGUCCCACAGUUUGUUAGCAUACCAGACAGUGUCUCACAGUUGAUCUGCAUACCAGACAGUGUCCAAGUGUUUGUCAGCAUACCAGACAAUAUUCCAUGGCUUGUCAAUAUACCACACAGUGUCCAACAGUUUAUCAGCAUAGCAGACAGUAUUCAAUGGAUACAUGACAGUGUCCCACAGUUUGUAAGCGUACCAGACAGUUCACGACCGUUCGUAAGCAUACCAUACAGUGUCCAACAGUUUGUCAGGUUACAAGACAGUGUCCCAAAAUUUGGCAGCAUACCUGACAGUGCCCCACAAUGUUCACCAGUACAAGAUACAAUCCAUCUUCAGAGAAUCAAGCUACCCUUAAAGUUGCUGGAGAUCGUCCACGAGGAACAUCAUCAUAUCAUCAUGGCGCUACAUAGGAAAUCCUCCCGAUUUUGUGAAAACGCCUUUGCGGGAUUCGUGGUUUUUGCUUGUGGAGUGUCAAUCCUAAUCUCAAUGAAAUCACACUCGUUCUCGAGAACGAGUAGAAUCUUUAAAUUGCAGAUGUCACGGGAGGUACAAGAAAAUAGGAAAAUUUUCCUAGCAGUAUUUGGUGAAAACAGAAACUAUGAAAAUAUAGGAAAAGAACAGUCACAAGCAUCCAAAAAGCUUGAAAACAAGAACGAAAUAACAGGCUGGUUUCAAAGAAAGCCGACAGAGAAGUAUAUAUCAGGAAAGUUUCAUCCAAUCUUAGUUAAACCAAGCCUGAUUUCGAAUUCCGUUUGUAAGAAUUCUACCGUAGAUAUUCUUAUUUACUCCUUGAGUUCCUGGAACAAUUUUCACCAGCGAAUAGCAAUGCGAGAAUCGUGGGCAGGAACGAAUACGUUCACCGAUAUCCAAAUCAAAACUGUAUUUUUUCUUGGGCGGCCACCUACAGCAGCCGAUCAAACACAGAUUGAAUCCGAAAACGAAAAGUAUGGGGAUAUAGUUGAGGGAGAUUUCCUAGACGGGCGCACUAAAAUUUCUAUGAAAAGUCUGCUAGCCCUGCAGUGGAUCAAUGAUAAUUGUCUUCAUGCGAAAUACAUCAUCAAGGCCGACGAUGAUAUGUUCGUCAACAUUUUCUACGUUAUUGAAUUCGCUGUGUCUGAAAUUUUCACAGAAAACAAAGUAAUCAUGUGUCACGUGCGACCUAACAACACGAACGUAAUAGUAAGAAAUAGAAAUAGUAGAUGGUACAUUCCAGAUAAUAUUCUGCCUGGUCAGAAAACUUUCCCGACUACUUGUUUUGCCAAUAUGAUCUUAUUCACUGCGGACCUGGUACCGGAAAUGUACAGAGCCUCCUUUUCAGUGCCCUACUGUACAGUCGAUGACGUGUACAUUUUUGGAAUGCUAGUGGAGCUCGUGAAAGACACACAUUUCCAGUCUAUUGGCGCUACCAUCUCAAUGGACCAAAACGAAGCUUAUCAGAAUUUGGUUUAUCAAACACAUCCCCAAUAUCUCGCAAGUGAAGUUAAAAAUACUGAGUACUUCAGAAAAUUUUGGGACGCCGCUUUACGAAGAGUGCCUUCAUGGGCAAAGGGUCGCUUAGCUAAAAAUUAUUCAACAUAAUAUUCUUUAUCGUUUUGUUUUUAACUAAUAUGACGCUGAUAUGUAUAAGUAUUUUCGUGUAAUAACAACGAAUAAUAAUAAAAGCAACAAACUAACUUUUUUGGCCAGAUAUCUUAAAAGGUUUAUAACAUGUCCAUUUUAUAUUGUAUCGAAAGAGAAUAUAUGUUCUGGUGUCAUUGAACAAGACUAUAGUGUAACCUAUCAUCUUCUAGAUAUCUGUACUUGGCAACGGGUUUGAAUGCAAUAACAUUCCUAAUGCGCAAUAUUCUUUCACUAUGUAAAGAAUUACAUAAUUUAUCAAAAUUUAUUGAUCCCCCCACUCUCUUUCUCUCAUGCUGUGUACUUGCGGUUGUACGAGAGUGCGAGAUGCGUAUGAAUAUACAGAAUGAACAUGUGAUUACUUAAGUAUUGUAAAUAUGCCAUCUUGAGUUAGAUAUAUAGGCCUAGAUGUUUUAUUGUUGGGGAAAGACUUUGUAUAAGUUGUACGAGCGGUGCCCAAUUCCGGUGCAAUUGA